CAACUGAGCUGUAUUAAUCUGGCAAGAAAGCUAUGAAGCUAAAUACACCUUCCUAUUACUCUACACAUCUUAUGUCCUUCAUACAAAAAGAACCAACUUGUAAUCAGAUAAAUAAUUAACCACCUCAAGGCAUCAGCGCAUACCCUGUCCCCAUCCAGGAUUGAAUGAAGAUAUUCCUAACAGACAUGAACUAUGACUGAAGAAAUAGGCCACACCUGAUGUUAUCAUGCCCAUGAACCAAGCUGAAUCAUGUUCCAGCUAUUGACAUCCUGCUGGUCUCAGCUAAAGACAGCUGAAGAGACACAAAGGAAUGUGACCAUCAUUAUCAUUGGAUUAGACAACUCAGGCAAAACCGUUCUUGUGGAGGCUUUCCAAAGACUACUUCCAAGUAGGAUGAACAAUUGUAUGAAAUCUGAAUUGACUACACUCCUACUGCAUGAGUAUGAAGUUUCCAUCUAUGACUUGAGUGGAGACAUGAAGGGCCAAGAAACCUGGCCGAACUACUAUGCACAGGCACACGGACUUGUUUUUGUCCUGGAUUCCAGUGACUUGGGACGCAUGCAGGAAGUGAAGAUCAUCUUAACGCGUCUGCUGUCUGAUAAAAGAGUGGCAGGGAAACCUAUCCUACUCAUGGCAAACAAACAGGACAAGAAGGAUACCCUCCUACCCUGUGAUAUUAUUGAAUAUCUAUUCCUAGAAAGGCUAGUGAAUGAUAACAAGUCCCUGUGCCGAGUGGAACCCUGUUCAGUCACCAAAAAUCUCCAAAGAGGGAACCAUCAGCCCAUAAUUGAAGGGCUGCACUGGCUAUUAGCUGCCAUUGGGGAUAAAUAUGAAGAGCUGUGUACUCGCCAACAGCCACUCCCCUCAAGCAUCCCAACCUCCAAGGGCACCAGAAGCUCUGGGGAAAGACCCUCAUCAGACAGGUACUGA